AUGGCGUUUCCACCAUCCCACAGCCCUCCCACCACCAGGGAUUAUCCCACUCCAGCUGCACCUCCAGAUUUUCCCACCACAACGUCGGACUCGCCAUCUGAUCCUAGCCAACCUCUGCCUGCUUUCCUGAGCCCCCACUUUCCUGACCUCAGUUCCGACGAGCCAGACCGCGUGUUUCCCAUUAGGUCCGUCAUCUCUGUUGACCCGACGGCUUCGACCGCUUCAACCACUCAGGCGGCGCCCCCGCAAUGGCAGCAACAACCUCCUAGGUCAUCGUCUCCCAUAAAGGAAGGCGCGCGUGAAUACUCUAUUAUUGACCAGACGACAUGGGAUGCUUCGAGGGGGCAAGAAGAGCAUACACGGACGUAUGAGGGCUCGCCUCCUGAGUCGGCAGGCGCGGUGGGUAUAGUCGAGGACAACAAGGAAAUAUGGAAGAGCGCACGGCAUCCCGUGAUCGAGAGUAUCUCGGGCGACGGGAAUAGUAGCUUCACGUCAAGCACUGAUGGUGGCGUCCCCGUUUCCAGGGAUGAUCCUCCGCGAAGCACAGCGGUGGCGCACGGCGAACCAGAUUUGGUCACUUCUCGAUUUCAACAUGUUGUUACCGAGGCGGGCCAUGCUAUCAUAACAGGACGCGACGGUGACAAUUUUCAAUACUGUGAAGAUGAGCCGAUCCAUAUUCCGGGUGCCGUACAAAGUUUCGGCGUCCUGAUUGCACUGGAAGAGGAAAGAGAAGGGAAGCUGGUUGUCCGAAUUGUUAGCGAGAAUUCGGCGGCUUUGUUAGGCUACACGCCGAAGCAACUUUUUGCUCUGGAGAGUUUCACUGAUAUACUCACCGAAGAACAAGAGGAUAACCUUCUCGACCACGUUGAUUUCAUCAGAGACGAAUCGUGCGACCCAAGAGUUCAUGGACCUGAGGUUUUUAUAGUGUCCAUUGCAAACCCAGAGGGUGAAACUAGGAAGUUUUGGUGUGCGAUGCAUGUGAAUGAUGCAAAUAACAACCUCAUCGUUUGUGAGUUCGAAUUUGAGGAUGAUCAAAUCUUUCCGUUGAAUGUCUCGGGACAAACCACCCCCGAGGAGCCCUCUGAUACCUUAGGAAUUGAUCCAACACCUGAAGAACUUGCGGCUAGUACGGUCAACAUGAGUCGUCCUCUAAGAGUUCUGCGGAAUGCUCGAAGGCGCAAGGGUGAAGCCGCAGCUAUGAAGGUUUUCAAUAUUUUGUCGCAAAUUCAAGAGCAACUCUCGGCCGCCCCAACACUGGAUAUGCUUCUGAACACGGCAACAGGGUUGGUGAAAGAACUCACUGGUUUUCAUCGUGUCAUGAUUUAUCAGUUCGACAGCAGCUGGAAUGGGUUGGUCGUCGCCGAACUCGUAGAUCCUCGAGCCACCAAAGAUCUUUACAAAGGGUUACAUUUUCCGGCGUCUGAUAUUCCAAGACAGGCCAGGGAGUUGUACAAAAUCAAUAAGGUCAGGUUGCUAUAUGAUCGCGAUAUGAGCACUGCGCGUCUUGUGUGCCGAGCCGUGAAAGAUCUUGAGACACCUUUAGAUAUGACACAUGCAUACUUGAGAGCAAUGUCUCCCAUUCAUAUCAAGUAUUUGGCUCACAUGGAUGUACGCGCCUCGAUGUCUAUCAGUGUGACCGCUUUCAACGAGUUGUGGGGCCUAAUAUCUUGUCAUUCGUACGGAGGGCUGGGCAUGAGAGUAUCCUUUCCAAUACGCAAAAUGUGUCGCUUGAUCGGUGACACUGUUUCUCGCAACAUUGAGAGACUGUCCUAUACAUCCCGUCUACAGGCCCGAAAAUUGAUCAACACCGUUCCCACGGAAGCGAAUCCUUCAGGUUACAUCAUCGCCUCGUCCGAUGAUCUUCUGAAGCUGUUCGAUGCGGAUUAUGGCGCCCUUUCAAUCCGUGAUGAGACUAAACUUCUGGGUCGUUUAACUCAUACGCCAGAAAUCUUAGCUCUACUGGAAUACCUCAAAUUGCGCCAGCUUAAUUCCGUACUUGCAUCUCAGGAUGUGAUCAAGGACUUCCCUGACCUACGCUAUCCUCCCGGCUUCAAGCAUAUUUCGGGCUUGCUCUAUGUACCUCUCUCUGCUGGAGGUCGGGACUUCAUUGUAUUCUUCAGACGUGGGCAGUUGACAGAAAUCAAGUGGGCGGGCAACCCGUAUGAAAAAGAAAUGAAAAGAGGGACGGCUGCCUAUCUAGAACCUCGCAAGAGCUUCCAGACUUGGCGUGAAACUGUUUUGAGUCGCUCGCGAGAGUGGACAGAAACAGACAUUGAGACUGCGGCAGUUCUUUGCCUCGUCUAUGGAAAAUUCAUUGAAGUGUGGCGUCAAAAAGAGGCGGCUAUGCAGAGCACUCAACUAACCAAACUCUUAUUGGCCAAUUCAGCUCACGAAGUCCGAACUCCUCUGAAUGCUAUUGUCAAUUACUUAGAGAUAGCUUUGGAAGGGUCCUUGGAUGCUGAAACUCGCGAUAAUCUUGCCCGAUCUCAUUCUGCAUCCAAGUCUUUAAUUUACGUUAUCAAUGACUUGCUCGAUUUAACCAACACUGAAAAGGGACAGAAUCUUAUCAAAGACGAGGUGUUUGAUAUCCAUGAUACUUUCAGAGAGGCCACAGAGAUGUUUGAAGGCGAGGCCAAACGGAAAAACGUCACGUACAGCUGUAAUGUAUCUCCGGGCCUUCCCAAGUCUGUUCUUGGCGACCAGCGCCGAGUUCGCCAGGUCAUAGUCAACUUAAUUUCGAAUGCUAUCCAGCAUACUGAAUCUGGACACAUAUACGUCGAUAUAUGGCGUAAUGCGGCUCAACCUGAUCACCAUGGGUCAAUGGAGAUCGAAUUGGCUGUCCACGACACUGGCUCAGGGAUGUCGCCGACUACGGUCGACGCACUCUUUCGAGAUUUGGAGCAAGUGUCCUCUGAAGAAGAGAACUACUACUACGACAAAGACGACGGGAAUCACGAAGCGGAAGGAAGUGGUGGCAAUCGUGUUUUGGGCCUUGGUUUAGCUUUGGUCGCUCGUAUUAUCCGUAACAUGCAUGGACAAUUGAGCGUGAAGUCGGAAGAAGGAAAGGGCAGUCGCUUCAAGAUUAUGCUUAGGUUCCCCGUGCCUACGGAUGAAUCGAGGUCUGCUGGUGCGGAAGUAGCAGGUCCAGAAGCUGCAGACAACCCGACCACGCCGCCGUUGACAGAGGGGGAGGUCAUGCUGGUUGAUAGCAACACACGUCCCAAGAGCAGCCAGCGACGACAUAGCGCAGAGAGUAAUCGAAGUGGUGGCAGUUUUGGCAGUUCUCGUAGUGGUCGAAGCGAAGCCGAUCGUCUCAUCAGCGCGAUACAAGAACCGACUUUUGUUAACACCCGAGCCGAGUCGCCAGAACUGAAAAAGCCGGAGCCUCCCAGCCCUGAUGCUGCAAGAAAAACUCUCGAUGUUAGCCCACCGACACGAUCAGCAUCCAGUUCGUCAAAAGAAAAUGCACCAGUUCUUCUUGGUCUUCCUCAACAGACCGACCUGCGUCCCAUGAUGCCCCUUGGUUCCCCUCCUCUUCCUGGACAAGAAGCAGUCACAGAUUCGGGCAUACCAUUGAGAGCUCUGAGAGUAGACGAAACACAGGUCGAAAGACCGCCUUCACCCCCACAGCUUGCUCGACAAAGGUCGACGUCCGUGGCUAUAAUGUCCGAUACUUCUCACACAGGGAUCACAUCACCAGUUGCAGGAUCAGAGCUAUCUCUGCUUGAUUCUCUACAUGUGCUUGUUGCCGAAGAUGAUCCGGUGAACAGCAAAAUUGUGCAGAAGCGGCUCGAAAGAUGUGGACAUACGGUACACUUGACUGUGAAUGGAGAAGAAUGUGCCCUUGCAUACCGUGCUAACUCAAAGGCAUUUGAUGCGAUUCUGAUGGAUAUUCAGAUGCCUAUCGUGGACGGUAUGGAUGCGACGAAGAUGAUUCGAGAAUUUGAACAAUCUUACCCUGACUACACCAUGUCUGACAAGGCCAAGCCACUCGGGCGAGUCCCAAUAUUUGCGGUGUCAGCAUCACUCGUGGAAAAAGAUGCGCAGAAGUAUGUUGACACUGGAUUUGAUGGAUACAUUAUGAAGCCAAUUGACUUUCGACGUGUCAAUUCUGUUCUCUCCGGGCUGCAGGCUGACACUGAGAGAGAGGCACUUACAUACGUACCAGGGAAUUGGGAAAUUGGUGGCUGGUUUGAGCGAGCGAGCAAGGAUGACCAAUAA